GAGAAGGCAAUUGUUUCUCCUAAACAACUUUAUUUCGUGAAAGACAUCCAUAAAUGUGGGGAGAUACUUCGUACAGACUAGAGGAUAUGCAUAGGCUUUUGUGGUAGUUGUGGCCAGCCAGAAGAAUCUUGUGGAGUACGAGAUGGGCUGAUUGAAGAGAAAGAGGCUGUUGAAUCAUUGGAUGGACUAAAUGAACCUUAGGUUCAUGAUCGUGAUGUUAUGUUGUCAGCUUUUGAAUGCGUAAUCUUAAUCAGUCUGUCUUCUAAGGUGACGCUGAGCGAUAACUAGGGUGACACUGGGAGAUUACUGGUGAAAAGCGCAUGGUGAAACGUGGAGGCUUGCUGUUGCAUUUAGGAAGUGUAUCCAGGUCAGAUUUAGUUCUUGAUACGUUUGUGAAUUUCAUUUUCCAAUUUAAACCCUUUAGAUUGCCUUUCCCCUCAAUCUUGUUCUUUCCGCUUGUGAAAGCCGCUUUGUGUGUAUUUCAUGCGAUUAAGUCUCUCGUCUCAUCUACUUCUAGGCUUCUGACUAUUAAGCUUUUUUUUUGUUGUUCUUGUGAAUCAUGAACGGAGAAGAGGAUUUUCGUCCUGAAAAUACCAAAGCAACCGAGAGAUUUUCAGAUGAAAUUUGUUUUUUGCUAUUGGACAGCGAUGCGACAUUUUUGGCGAAUAUGUCAGAGAUGAUGCGCGAAUGCGGAUAUAAAGUUGUGGCUACUACAAGGGCUGAUGAUGUGCCGCUUAUCAUCAAUAACAAAGAUGAAAAGAUUGAUCUUGUACUGGCAGAGUUCCGCUUGAUUGAGAUGAACAAGUACGAACUUCUUGAGAAAAUCAGGUUGACUUGUGAGAUUCCGGUUGUUGUUUUGGGUGCAUAUGUGAAAGAUGCCAUUGUGGAAUGUCUGCGCAGAGGUGCUGAAUUAUGUCUGAUGAAGCCUCUCAUGGAACGCGACUUAAAAAUUCUGUGGCAGCUUACAGCCAGGAAACAGUGGCACUUUCUUAGUCAAAUUGACAUCAACACACCUGAGAAAAAUUGUUCGAUCACCCACAGUCAAUCUCUUGGAGAUAAGCUCAAGAACAAUGAACCGAAAACAGAAGAUGAGAAUUUGAAGUCGGGAGACCAGAAGAAGCCAGAACUGGGAUAUCCAGAAAUGCAGAAUGAAUUCAGAGAAACAGAUGCUGAAUUCAGCCAAGGUAAAACCAGGAAGGAUAGAGAGGAUACAGACACUGGAGAACAGACAGAAAAGGAUUGGGGCGCUCAUUUAGGACAACUAAAGAAGCCAAAGCUCAUUUCUGCAGAAGAAGCCAACAAUGAAAGAAAAGAACCAACAGAGAUAAUGAAGAAUGGAGAAGGUAGUGAGAAAAAGGAGGAAUUAGAAAAGUCGUCCAGCCAACCUGUUACUGCUGCUUAUGAGAAAUAUGUAUUCAGCGAGCGAGAUUUUCAGCCUUUGGAAACUGUUGGGGAGCCUGUGGGACCUGAUGAAAUUCCAUUGAGUCCGCGUGAGUCCUCAAACAAUAAUGCUGCUGCUCAGCUACAAGUGCAGGCACAUGGACCGUUAGAUAAAGAACUGAUGCAGGAUGGAAUCAGCCUCUCUGACCUUGAAGAUGAUCUGCAGGAGGGACAGGACUCAAAUGAGGAGGUUUUCAAUGAGUCUUCAGAUGAGGAGGUUUUCAAUGAAUCUUAAACCUUGAAUUAUGAAGAUCUGCAUUGCUCUGCCUGUCUCCUGAAUAAUGAGUAUGAGAUGUUCGUUUGUGGUUUUUAGUAUGUGUUUCUCCCGUUGAAGUCAUUAUUUUGACUUGGACUUGUUUGUUUCAUCAGUUAUCGUCUUUUAUGUCUUUACAUUAACUUUGCUUCGUUGGUUUCUUGAAAAUUUCCAAUAAACUCACAUCUUUGCUAGGUGUUUAAACAUUGAUCGAGUA